CCUUUUACUUUUAGCCCUCACAAGGGCAAGAGGGUCCAAGACUGGGCUCAGAAGUCAUCAGUCCUGGGGCAAGAGUGAAAGGGUCUUGAAGAGGGUGGGGGGAGUAUUGACUUCCCUCCAGUCCCUUCUUCACAAGAACUGGUGGCAACAAAAGAAAACCAACUGGGAAAAUGAAGAACUUCUGGAAUAUUACAGUUUUCUUCUUUGUGUGCAGCUUCUUGGGACCCUGGGCAUCUGCAACAGUAAAGCGUCUCCCACGAUUUCCUGUCAAUUCAAAUUCAAAUGGUGGAAAUGAACUUUGUCCAAAAGUCAGGAUUGGCCAAGAUGAUUUACCAGGUUUUGACCUAAUUUCUCAGUUCCAGGUAGAUAAGGCAGCAUCCAGAAGAGCAAUCCAGAGGAUAGUUGGAUCAACUGCAUUACAAGUAGCUUACAGAUUGGGAAGUAAUGUGGAUUUCAGGAUUCCAACCAGGCAUUUAUAUCCCAGUGGACUGCCUGAAGAAUACUCCUUCUUAACUACUUUUCGGAUGACUGGAAGCGCACUUGAAAAGAACUGGAACAUUUGGCAGAUUCAGGAUUCCUCAGGGAAGGAGCAAGUUGGAGUGAAGAUUAAUGGCCAAACAAAAUCUAUUGCAUUUUCAUACAAGGGACUGGAUGGAAGUCUGCAAACUGCAGCCUUUUCACAUUUACCUUCCUUGUUUGAUUCCCAGUGGCACAAGAUCAUGAUUGGUGUGGAAAAGAGUAGUGCUACUCUUUUUGUUGACUGCAACAGGAUUGAAUCCUUGCCUAUAAAGCCAAGAGGCCAGAUAGAUGUCAACGGCUUUGCGGUGGUUGGAAAACUUGUUGAAAAUCCGCAAGUUUCUGUCCCGUUUGAACUUCAAUGGAUGUUGAUUCAUUGUGACCCACUGCGACCCAGGAGAGAAACUUGCCAUGAACUGUCAGCGAGGAUAACCCCCAGCCAGACCACGGAUGAGAGAGGUCCCCCAGGUGAACAGGGUCCUCCUGGGCCUCCUGGACCCCCUGGAGUUCCAGGCAUUGAUGGCAUUGAUGGUGACCGAGGUCCAAAGGGUCCCCCAGGCCCUCCGGGUCCUGCUGGAGAACCAGGCAAGCCAGGAGCUCCGGGCAAACCUGGCACACCUGGAUCAGAUGGGUUGAUAGGACCUGAUGGAUCUCCUGGUUCUGUUGGACCAAGAGGGCAGAAAGGAGAACCUGGUGUGCCUGGAUCUCGUGGAUUUCCAGGCCGUGGUAUUCCUGGGCCUCCUGGUCCUUCUGGGGCAGCAGGACUCCCUGGAGAGCUUGGCCAUGUUGGACCAGUUGGUGACCCUGGGAGAAGAGGACAACCUGGCCCUCCUGGCCCUCCAGGACCCAGCGGAACAAUUGGCUUUCAUGAUGGAGAUCCAUUGUGUCCUAAUUCCUGCCCACCAGGUCGCUCAGGAUAUCCAGGCAUACCAGGCAUGAGGGGUCAUAAAGGAGCUAAAGGAGAAAUUGGUGAGCCUGGAAGACAAGGUCACAAGGGUGAAGAAGGUGACCAAGGAGAACUGGGAGAAGUUGGAGCUCAAGGACCUCCAGGAGCUCAAGGAUUGAGAGGCAUCACUGGCAUAGUUGGGGACAAGGGUGAAAAAGGUGCUCGCGGCUUAGAUGGAGAGCCUGGACCUCGAGGUCUUCCUGGUGCACCUGGUGAUCAAGGACGGCGAGGACCUCCAGGAGAAGCAGGUCCCAAGGGAGAUAGAGGGACUCAAGGUUCUAGAGGAAUUCCUGGUCUCCCUGGGUCCAAAGGAGACACGGGUUUGCCAGGCGUGGAUGGCCGUGACGGAAUACCUGGAAUGCCUGGAACAAAGGGUGAACCAGGGAAACCCGGGCCUCCUGGUGACAUAGGAUUACAAGGAUUACCUGGCGUGCCUGGAAUUCCUGGUGCAAAGGGUGUUGCUGGUGAAAAGGGUGACACAGGUGCUCCAGGAAAGCCUGGUCAGUUGGGGAAUUCAGGCAAACCAGGUCAACAAGGACCUCCAGGAGAGGUGGGACCCAGAGGACCCCGGGGACUUCCUGGCAGUAGAGGAGAAAUAGGACCAGUAGGACCCCCAGGCCUACUGGGUAAACUGGGUUCUGUUGGCAGCCCUGGCCUCCCUGGCUUGCCUGGGCCCUCUGGACUUCCUGGAAUGAAAGGUGACAGGGGUGUAGUUGGUGAACCUGGUCCAAAGGGUGAACAGGGUGCCUCUGGUGAAGAAGGUGAAACAGGAGAAAGGGGUGAAUUUGGAGAUGUAGGAUUACCUGGCCCAAAGGGAUCUGUGGGCAACCCUGGAGAGCCUGGCUUGCGGGGACCUGAAGGAAUUCGGGGGCUUCCUGGAGUGGAAGGACCCAGAGGACCACCUGGGCCUCGAGGCGUGCAGGGAGAACAGGGUGUCACUGGCCUUCCUGGUACCCAAGGCCCUCCAGGUCGAGCACCGACCGAUCAGCACAUUAAGCAAGUUUGCUUGAGAGUCAUGCAAGAGCAUCUUGCUGAGAUGGCAGCUAGUCUCAAGCGUCCAGACUCAGGAGCCUCUGGUCUUCCAGGGAGGCCUGGCCCUCCUGGGCCCCCUGGCCCUCCUGGAGAGAAUGGUUUCCCAGGCCAGAUGGGACUUCGUGGACUCCCAGGCAUUAAAGGCCCUCCUGGUGCUCUUGGCUUGAAAGGUCCUAAAGGUGACAUGGGAGAAAGAGGUGAGCGUGGCCCUCCAGGAAGAGGUCCCAAAGGUCUUCCAGGAGCUACAGGUCUCCCUGGUGAUCCAGGUCCUGCCAGCUAUGGGAGAAAUGGCCGAGAUGGAGAGCGAGGCCCUCCAGGGGUGGCAGGAAUUCCUGGUGUCCCUGGACCCCCAGGCCCUCCAGGCCCUCCUGGGUUCUGCGAACCAGCUUCGUGCACCAUGCAGGCUGGUCAGCGAGCAUUUAGCAAAGGACCAGAUCAGUGAAAGGCUUAGUGCUGUAUAAAUCUGGCAAAGGGUCUUGGAGGAGAAAUAUCUGAAGCUGGAGCAGAAGACGACAUUGUAUUACCUUGACCAUUUCCAUGGAAGUCCUACUUGAUAUCAGAUUUAAAACAAUGGUGCUAUUUCAAUAAAUCCUCUCUCAUUAUUCCCUUGGAAGGGAGACAGAAGCAGAAUUAUAAGUUAAACUAUGAACAACAGUCCCCUCCUUUAAACUAGUGUUUAAUCUUGUCCCCAAAAUCUUGACUCUUAUUAGUGUGCUAUACAUAUGUGAUAUAUGGUGGGUCAUUGUGCCAAUAAACAGAAGCAGCUGUUUGGUUUACCUCACUUGCAGUAGUUAUUCUCGUGUUUUGUUUAGAUGCUGUUCUCAAAUUACUGCUUCAGUUAUCUAGAGGGUUACCAAAUUGGUUAAGAAGAAAACUUAUUACAAACAAUAGAAUUGGUGCUGGUUAUCCCCAUUAACGCACUCUUUUGGGAGUGGCUAGAAAGUACUAUGCCGCACAGAACGAUUUUCUUACAUCACAUUUGGUUUUCAUGGUCAAUAUGAUAUUUUUGUUGAACUGUAUGCACCCCAAAGCUGUUAAUAAUUUGAGCUCUUAUAUGUAAAAGCAAAGGAGGAAUUUUGAUAGCUUGCCAUUUGUAAGUUUUAUUGAUGACAUUAUUUAUUUUAAAGGUUUGAGGUAACAUCUCUGGCUAUUUACCAAAGAAGAAAUAAAUAUGGUUUAUUAAA